CCACCAUGUGGAGCGGAAGGCAGGGUCGCCUCAGACCGGUGGGCUGCGUGGUAGAGGAGCUACGGUGCCGCCGACGGGAGCGGGAGGCAGGUGCUGGCGAGCAAGGGAGACGGCAGGAUGCGCGGGGUGGCUAUGGCGGUCGGAGAUAGGAUAAGGAGGCUCCCGGGUUGGAGACGGGGUUCAGAGUCCUAGAUGCGCCCCCCUACGUUCAGCCGGCUUCUUUGCCCCCAGCACUGCGGAAGGCGCGGAGGGAACAGCAGCUGAUCAGUAAGAGACUGCUGAGAGACGACGCGUCGGAGGAAGCCGAAGGGGGAUGUGUGGCCAUGAUCCUUGGGGAAACUGAGGUGAGGCGACAGGGUGCACGGUGAGGUCGACACCGGCUGGCGCCAAAUUCCUUUUGAGGUCUGCCCCACAUCUGGACGCGGUCCCUUCACUACCUCCAUCCAUCCAGUGGGCCAAGCCAGAAACCGGUGAAUCAUCCUCGACAACUCGGUCUCUCAUCCCCACACCGAUACAUCAAGUCUUAGUCGUUUUAAACGUCUUAAGGAGCUUUGGCGUCCUUACGUGCUUCACCAUCGUGGCUAAGCCAUCCUCUUCUCCGUGUACUCACAAUAGCCUUCUAACAGGUCAUCUGUAUCUGUGCUUGCCGCCUUCAAAUUCAUUCUCCAUACAUCAGACAGAUGUGCCUUUUAAGAACACAUAGAGACCGAAAUCUUUCCUGUGACUUAUAAUGUCCAGCACUGUCUAACCUUUGCCUCCCUCCAACCUUACUAGUUUAUUCAUCUUAGCCCAAAUUACCUUUAUUAGGUUUUUUUGUUUUGUUUUUUUGUUUUUUACUUAUUUUUGGGAGAACGCAAGCCAGGGAGGGGCAGAGACAGGAGGACAGAGGCUCUGAAGUGGGGUCUGGGCUGAAGCCUUACAGAAGCGAUCCUGAUCGCUGGGGUCGAACUCACCGGGAGAUCUUGACCUGAACAUAAGUGGAUCCUUCAACUGACUGAGCCACCCAGAUCCAGCAUUUCCUACGAUUAGCACAGCAGGGGACAGAAGAAAAGGAGAGAGAGAGGGCUCUGGUCAGCCUUCGUCGAGGCUUGCAGCACCCUGAGACGCAGCAGACCUUCAUCUGGUCAGUGUGGGUGGUGUGAGUGGGGGCUGGGUCUCUAAGAGAUGGACAGGAGUGUGGACGGGAUGGGCCACAGGCUGAGCAGGGCUCUGGUGCUCACUCAUGUAGGCUGGAGGGCAGCAUGCGGACCUUGGUCGGGCUUCUGACCAGCAACCAAGCCCUGUUGCAGCUUGAGGCCGCUCGGUGCCUUCAUGAGCUCUCUCAUUCUGAACAGUCUGCGGUGGCUGAGGCCUGCCUGCCAGCCACUUCCUACCUUCUCACCUACCUCUCCGGUCACAGCUCAGACUUUAUAGAGCUCUGUCUGUAUACACUGGGUAACCUGAUUGUGGAGAGUGAGGCUGUGAGAAGGCAGCUCCUGCCACAGGGCAUUGUUCCAGCCUUGGCUGCCUGCAUCCAGUCCCCCCAUCUGACUGUGCUGGAAGCCCUUGGAUAUGCCUUAUCCCAGCUUCUGCAAGUUAAGGAAGCUCCAGAGAUGAUCAUCCCCUCUCCUUCUGCUGACAGCUCCGUCUUGGGCUCCACUCUCCCUGAGCACAUCCUGCGACUGUUGCAACCUGGUCCAAAGCUGAACCUUGGGGUUGCUGUGGAGUUUGCCUGGUGUCUCCACUAUAUCAUCUGCAGCCAGGUCGACAAUACCCUGCUUAUCUCCCAUGGGGGUCUGUCCACUCUGGGGUUGCUGCUAUUGGACAUGGCUGGAGCUGUCCAGAGAACAGAGGAUACAGGACUGGAGCUGCUGGCAUGUCCUGUGCUUCGGUGUCUAAGCAACUUGCUAACAGAAGCAGCAGUGGAAGUUGUGGGAGGGCAAAAUCAGCUUGAAGACGAGCGUGUUGUGGCUGCCUUAUUUAUCCUUCUGCAGUUCUUCCUUCAGAAACAGCCCAGCUUACUUCCUGAGGGCCUCUGGCUCCUUAACAACCUCACUGCAAACAGUCCUAGUUUCUGUACCUCCUUGCUCUCCAUGGAUCUGAUUGAGCCCCUCUUGCAGUUGUUGCCAGUUUCUAACGUGGUGAGCAUAUUGGUCCUCACAGUUCUGUGCAACGUGGCAGAGAAGGGUCCUGCUUACUGCCAACGUCUGUGGCCAGGGCCCUUGCUCUCCUGCUUGAUUGGUACACUGGCCUCUCCUGACAUUGAGGUAGUAGGCCAGAGUUUGGAGCUGCUGCAAUUGCUGUUCCUCUACCAGCCAGAGGCUGCUAAGGAUUUUCUGCAGCAAUCAGGGCUGCAGGUCCUGGAAAGGCACCAGGAAGAGGCCCAGCUCCAGGAUCGUGUGCAUGCUCUCCAGCAGACAGCGCUUCACCAGUGACCUUUUUGAUGUCAUUCUACUCAUCACCACCACCCUACCCUUGCCCCAACUUCCUUGCCCAUGGAUCCCCCUUUGAGGUUUUAGAACCGUAAUGGUAUCUCCUGCUCUCUGCUCCUGUGUCUAAGCCAAGACUCAAAGCUCAGCUCUUCUUUGACCCAGAACUGUCCAUAUAGGACCAAAGGGG